CAUUGAGGAAAUGAUGUGAAGAUGUCAUAGUUGCCAGAAAACCAAUUGUGCCCCGGAGAAAGCUCUCCUACAUAGAUGGGAGUAUCCCGCAUUGCCCUGGCAACGCCUACAUGUAGACUUCGCUGGCCCUAUUGACAACAGGAUGUACAUGGUAAUUGCUCGUGCCCACACGAAAUGGCCGGAAAUCAUGGAAAUGGAAAAUACUACAGUGGAGGAACAGUCAAACAGCUGCAGACGGUCAUGUCUAGAAUGGGUAUCCCGGAGCCAAUAGUGACCGACAAUGGGCCCCAGUUUACAUCGGAAGUAUUUUGAUCUUUUAUGAAAGGCAACCACACACGGCACAUCACCGGAGCUCCGUAUCACCCGGCAACCAACGGUCUUGCAGAAUGUUUCAAAGGGCACUGAAGGCAAACAAAAGCAACAAGCCAAUGCAACACAAAUUGGACGAGUUCUUACUAGUGUACUGCUUGUCUCCAUGGGCCACCACGGACCAAAGCUCCUCGCAGCUUAUGUUUGGGCGCAACGUUCAGACAAAGUUGGAUCUCUUUAAACCUGAUGUUCGUAGGACGGUGAAUCGUAAGCCGUUUAGUGAUGAUAAAAACAAACCUUAUCGGUGUUUUGACGAGGGACAGCAAGUGUUGGUCCGGAAUUAUCGGCCAGGAUGGAAAUGGGUACAAAGAGAGAUUGCCGUACAAACAGGCCCGGUGUCAUACCGAGUCUGUGCAAACGAGACAGUUUGGAGACGGCAUGCCGAUCAGCUGCUUCCGGGACCUCGUUCCAGCCAUGACCCUAGAUUUGAAGCCGAAGCUGAGUAUGAGGAAACUGCCAAUGUUACACCUACAGAGAACUCAGUCAGCCGCCCUCCAGAUGACUCACAGGAUGAAGUAACGAUAGCUGAGGUCAUGCGACAAACAGAUACCACAGCCAACGGGAAUGCUAACCAGGAACAUGGCAGUCUGUCCGACGGGAUCACAACCGGGUCGGGAUGAGUAGUAAAGUCGGCCAAGCUAGCCGACUAUACAUACUAUUAAGAGUCAUCAGGUUGUUAGCUGAAGUUAGUUAAUCUAGGGACAUUAGAUUAGAUAGGGGGAGUGUAACGUAGUGGAUUAGACGGGGUAUUACGAUUAUGCACAUGCGUAUUGUUGUGUUCUAGUUUUGAGCAGGAUCUAGUAGAAAUACAGUUGUUUGGUAUUUCACGAGUCUCCAAACGCGAUUGGCUUGCGACGCA